AUGUCGCUUAACUCGGUAGCGGAAGAGUACUUUAGUACGAUGAACCCGAUCGCAACUAAAAUUCAUGAAGAUAUUGUAGAAACACGGAAUACCUUUGAGCAUAUUUGGAAUACGCUUUCGGAAAAAGAAAAGUCGGAAAUAAUCAACGAGUCGAUUAUAAAACCGGAUAUAGCACUCAAGUACGCUCUAUUAGACAGUUUAGAUUUCGAUAUAAAUGAUCCACCAGUUCAUAAGGAUGACCUUAUGUCUUUCUUCGGCCGCGAUCACGCACAGAAAGUGGUACAAGAUGAAAACGGGUCCUACAGGGACGAAUACUCGGCACCAUUUCUUUACCAGACGAAGAGUCAGCUAAAUCUCUGUAUAGAGAGUCGAAAAUCGAAGGAAGAGCCCCCUUCACCACCUGUUAUGUCGGAAUUGGUAAUAUCGCAUUCCAAAGUGGUAAAUGAAUUAAAGAACGCGUUAAAGAAUCAUGAAGUAUCGAGAUAUAAAGACUCGAAUAGGGAGAUCGUAUCUCCUACCAGCUUUAUUACGAAAUUUAUUGGAAAUUUCAAAGGGAAAGAUGAAGAGAAGGAGUGCUUGGUUGAAAAUAAUCAAACGCAGAUUGUAGAUUUUCGGAAUUAUAAGAGUCAAGACAAUUAUAGAGGCAGUAUUGCUAAGUCUAAUGGCGAUCUCUCAGAAGAAAACCGCGGUCUUCUGUCAAGCCAGGCAUCGUCAAACACGGACUUCCAUUCGACUGAAACACUCACAGACUCUACAGUGCCAAAGACAGGUUUCGACUUUUUGGAUAACUGGUAA